AUGCCCAAGAGGAAGUAUGCGAUUUUCUUUGGUUACGACGGUUCCAACUACCACGGCAUGCAGAAGCAGAUUCCGGGUAGUCCGAUGGCCCACUUGCCUACCGUUGAGGGCGCGUUGGAAGCCGCUUUGAUCAAAGUCGGCGGCUUCAGCGAAGAACACCUCGCCCACUACUCCAAACUCCAGUGGUCCCGCGUCGGCCGUACCGACAAGGGUGUUCAUGCUGCUUGCCAGGUAGUCACAUGCAGACUUUCUUUGGGCCCCCUUUCGGAAGAGCACAAACUGAAAAUCGAAGGAGCCAAACUCCAGAACCAAGAAGGGGUGACCCAAGACGGCGUAACUCAAGGCCAGGACGGCCUCCAAGAGGAUCUGGCUGAGUCGCCGAGGGUGGAGGGCUUGCAGCGGGAACGUGAGCUGGACUUCAUCCGGCGACUGCGACAGGAGCUACCUGCCGACUUUGUCUUGUACGACGUGCGCCGUGUCCCGAACCAAUACGACGCGCGGCUGCAGUGUUUGCGGCGCCAGUACGAGUACUGUUUCCCUUCGCAUGUACUGCGGCCGUGUGUGUUGCAGGACAACUCGCCGGCGGUACGAACCUUCUUCGACGAGUUCUGCCCCGACUAUGAGGAACCGGGUGAGACACCAUACAAAGACGCCUUCCAGGCCACGACUGGUGGCGAACUAAACGCCGAGACCGACGCCAACGGCGAGCGCCGAAGCGUGGCCGAAUGCGUGCUGCAAAACUUCGGAGAGAAGCAAACCAUUUUCGAAGCACUCCGAGCGGAGACAGCCUCGGUACCCUGGGACAUGGCGAACGAGGGACCGUUAGCGCCACUCCUCUCGCGCCACCGCCGCGAAGUGUACGCCGUGCGCCGCGCAUACGCCGCUCUUAGUCCCGAGCGACGCCAUGCAGCCUGGCUCCGGAUACACGGCAGCUCACCUCUCGAGCGAGGUGUCCCCGAAGGGGGGUUGGCAACCGAGCAGGAAAUGGGCGCCGAACAAAAGGCAAUCGAGACUCAGGCAGAGGGCGAGACUCAGGUGGAGGAUGGGGCUGAGGUGGAGGAUGAGACGAAGGGUGUGACUAGGUAUGCUGCGCUGAACUACCCGCCGCCGGAGUUGUUGGCGAUUGGGCAGCCGCCGAUGUCACGAGAGGCGCGGUCGUCAUAUCGGAUGAGCGAGGCGGACUUUGCGAAGUUCGAGACGAUCAUCGGGCGGUUUUUAGGUCGGCAUAAUUGGUUUAGUUACACGAGCCGACUCAAGGCCACCGACCCGUCGGCGAACCGGAACCUGUUCGCCAUCGAGGUGCACCGAGUCACCCCCAGCACUACUCCAGGUGGGGUCGCGGCCGACGGUCCCGGCCAGUGCGAGUUUAUUGUGGUUCGAUUGAAAGGUGAAAGUUUCUUGUACAAUCAGAUCAGGAAGAUGAUGAGUCUGGCAAUGGAGACGAUGAUAGGGACAGCACCGUCACGUGCACAUGCUUACCUUACAUCUGAGCCUUUAUUGCCGAAGAAACAUAUUCAUCUAGCACCUGGUGAAGGUCUCAUGCUGGAACGUGCUUACUAUGAAACACUAAAUAGACCCACUCGCGAACUUUGCCCCCAAAUGGUCUUGCAUCACCCGUUGGAGACUGACGAUCCGUACGGUGAAGAGGUUCAGACCCUACUGAAACAUCCCGAAGAAGUGAAGACGUUACAAUCAGCUGCUGACGCACUCUUCGCAAAACAACUAGAUGCCAUCCCACCUACCGCAAACCCACUCUUCGAUGACAAUGACCAAGACAAUGACGAAAAGGCAGGUCAAACUGUCGCCGACGAUGAGGUCUCCGACGAUGAGGUCUUGCCCGUCUGGUACCAAGUGCUCCAAUUCAAGUUCCAGAAAUUGCUGCCUCGUAUGACCGAAGUUUUCAACGAACAAGAGACCUUUGACCUGCACGCCAAGGACCUGGCCUGGCACCCGUUCUUCGCCGAGAACUUCCCCAUCCCCCGCGAUACAAGCUUCAAUAACCCUCCUCAUCCUAAAGGGCGCCAAUAG